CCCCCGUGGCUGCCGGGCUGCGGCCCCGUUCCCGCCCGGAGCCCGCCGCCCUCAGGCCCCUCACGCCCCCCGGCCCUACCUCGGACGGUACAGGAGCGCUGUUUGGUGCCUUCUGAGAGCCCCCGGGGCUUCUCGGUGCUGCUCUGCGGCCUUCUGGGGCCGAUUUCAGCAUCGCUGCUGCAUUAAAAGUCCAUUUCAUUAACCCUUAAGGGCCUGUAAAUUGCUUGUUUACCCCACAGCUGUUUGGUUGGAUUGGAGCACGGAGCCCAUCUCCCUGCCAGAACCAGGCAUGUCUGCAGGAAACAGCUCAUCUGUGGCACAGGAGAAAUUCCAUGUGCUGGUGGGAGUGACUGGAAGUGUGGCUGCCCUCAAGCUGCCCCUGCUCGUGUCAGAAUUGCUGAAAAUCCCUGGGCUCGAGGUGAAGGUGGUCACUACUGAGAGAGCAAAACAUUUCUACAAUGCCCAGGAGAUUCCUGUUACCCUCUAUGGUGAUGAAGAGGAGUGGCAGCUGUGGAAGGGCCGCUCAGACCCCGUCCUGCACAUUGAGCUCCGGCGCUGGGCUGACCUCAUGGUGGUGGCACCUCUGGACGCCAACACGCUGGCAAAGGUCGCCAAUGGCAUCUGUGACAACCUGCUGACUUGUGUCAUCCGCGCGUGGGACCUGAGCAAACCCCUGCUCUUCUGCCCAGCCAUGAAUACGGCCAUGUGGGAACAUCCCAUCACAGCUCGGCAGGUGGAGCAGCUGAAGGGCUUCGGUUACACGGAGAUCCCCUGUGUGGUGAAGAAACUGGUGUGUGGAGAUGAAGGCACUGAAAAUUGCUGCGUGGGAUGAGACAUGUCUGAAGGUGAUGAAUGGCUUUGCUAUGUUUGCCAAGCAGAAGUUUUCUUUUGAUGGGCACCAAAACACUUGGGCUUCCCCUUCCUGGCUGGAAGAGUGAAAUUCCCUAAAACAGCUCACAAAUACAGGCCAAAUCAGUAGUUUCAGGAGAAAAAGAGGAAGGCUGAAGGUGCCACUGCAGAGGAGGGGAGAGGCCAGGCUCAGCAGCCUGAGGUAUGUGAUGUCCAUGUGCUGCUUCUGUCCCAGCCAAGGGGAUUUUCCAAUGCCCUGGAUGUGAGCAGGGCAUGCUCCAUCCCUCCCACCAGUCCUGGCUCAAAGGAACUGGGUUAGAUGAGCAUCCCUCAGCCUGGAGGUGGGGAUGGAGGCUCCCAGGUCCCAGGGGUGCAGCACCCCAACCUCAGCUUCUUGGUUUACAUGUUGUAAUUGGGGUUUUCCCAUAACAGGAAGAUUGUGGUGUUCCCUCUGCUUCCUUGGAGGAGCAGCAUGUGGGCUGUGAAUCAUGCCUUGGGGAGUAGAAAGGAGAUCUUCAGGGCUUGCUCCCUGCUCCUCUAAACAUCCAUCCAUCAUCCAUCCAUCAUCCAUCCAUCCAUCCAUCAUCCAUCCAUC